AUACUGCGGCUCCUAGAGAAGACAAGAAAACUGACAAAUGAGAGGCAAAUGGAGUUCUCCCCUAACUGUGCCCUGUUCGUUUGCAACAAAUGGGACAAUGUUCCAACUACCGAAGCAGUAGAAGUGAUGAAUCAUAUAACAACCAAGCUGAGCCAGUGUUUGCCAGACUUAGACUCAGAACGUCAGAUCAUGCGACUUUCAACUACAAAAGCUUUAAUGGCUCAAAAGUUUAACAUAAUGAAUGAAGAGUUUGCAUUACUUACCAAGAACAUUGGGCUUUUGGUUAAGAAAAGCAUCGAAACACGCCUUGAACAACAUUGGAGGUAUGAAUGA